CCAAGAUAUUUAUGCAGCACAUUUGGACGAUUUUUAAUAAAAAUACACUUACCUGUGAAAGAAGUGCAAUUGAAAUAGUUGAAAGGGAUAUUUUCCAAGAUAAUUUCAUUGACACAUUAUCAUCUUUCACUCGGAAAAAUUCAAAGGAACGAAAACAGAUUCCUUACGGAGAUUUAUAAUGGAGAAUGUUUACAUCUUUUCUCCAUUCGGAAUACACUCGGAAUUUGCACAAUUUUUCAACGUUAUCAUCCGGGCUUGCUGCAAUACAAAAUCUCCGUGACAUCACUUUUUUUAGCAUUGUACUGAAACCUGAUAAGCUAACAGGGGCGUUUUGACUGAGAAAUCUUGGAAAUUUUUCAUACUUUUGAAUGAACAUCGUUUGAAUCCUGAGGUGCCAGUUCCGGAAUCGGAGCAGCUACUGCGGUGUUGAUGUCCAAGCUAGGAGCGAGUUUGGCGCUGACUGGUAGGAAAGAGGAAAAUCUGAAGAAAGUCGGAGAGCAGUGUGGCAAUAAGCCGUUAUUGAUUCCUGGGGACCUCGUCAAGGAAGAUGACACCAAACAAAUUUUGGAGACGGCCGUACAACAUUUUGGAAAACUCAACAUUUUGGUGAAUUGUGCUGGCAUCAUAGAGUUGGGUAGUAUAGAAAACACCUCCUUAGACCAGUAUGAUCAACUCUUCAACGUCAAUGUCAGGAGCAUUUACUACCUGACAAUGCUGGCAGUUCCUCAUCUGAUCCAGACCAAAGGCAGCAUUGUAAAUGUAUCCAGUGUCAAUGGCAUCAGAUCCUUUCCCAAUGUCUUGGCGUACAACAUGUCCAAAAGCGCCCUUGAUCAAUUUACUCGCUGCACAGCUCUUGAGCUUGCACCAAAACAAGUCAGGGUCAACAGUGUGAAUCCAGGUGUAACGGUCACUGAGCUACAGAAGAGGGGUGGUCUUGAUGAGGAGGCUUACGCUAAGUUCUUGGAGCGGUCUAAAGAAACGCAUGCACUUGGUCGGCCCGGGCAACCGGAAGAGGUAGCCAGGGCAGUCGCCUUCCUUGCCUCCGACGAUUCGUCGUACAUAACUGGAGCGUCACUUCCGGUUGAUGGUGGUCGCCAUGCAAUGUGUCCAAGAUAAUCUUUUGAUCAUCUCGAACAAAAAGAGAACUGUAAUAGAUAAAACAUUUUGUUUUCUUAGUAUUUCAUAUCGAUUUAUGAAUGAUGAUAAAGUAUUAGUUAUAUUGUGAUUUGAUAUUUGAUUAAUGCAUGUACAUUAAUAUGCAAACUUUUUUUGAAACAAAUCAUUUUGAUGAUAUACAUUACUGUCGACUGUAUAUACAUAAAUGGCAAGUGCAGAAAUUGGUAUACAAUUAUACAUGAUAAUGAAAUGGAAAUUAACCCAUAUUAGGGUAAAUGGUAUAAUAAAAUGGGGAUAAAAUAAAAUAUUAUAUUCAUUAA